UGUAAUUUGGAAGUCAAAUUCGUACAUCAUUUAUUUUUAAAUAUUUUAUUUUCUACGAGUCGUGUGUUUUUAUAAAAAGUUUUCUUAUUUACUAAUGAUCUCUUCAUACAACAUGAUAUAAAGUUGUUGUUAUGAAGCUUCUGCCUAUUAACUGGAGUGUAAGACAUGAAAGAUGAAUAAUAGUUCAGAUUCCGAACCUGAAUACUACCUUUCACAGCUACAUUGCUCAAAAGAUGCACUUACGGACUACUAUGGAUGGUUUAUGCAAUUUUUGUUAGCUGUCUUAGCUUUUACGUGCUUAAUAGGAAAAAGGUUCUGUGAGCCUCGUUAUGCAAGAAGGCCAUGGCUUAUUUGGUUCUAUGACACCUCAAAACAGGGACUGGGAGCACUCAUCAUCCAUGCCGCUAAUGUCUGGCUCUCACCACACCUAACUGGAAACCCAUGCACAUGGUACAUAGUGAACUUCAUGUUGGAUUCCACACUAGGCCUGCUCAUUAUUUGGGCGGGCAUCAGAUUGGCACAGUACUACGCGAGAGUUUAUGAUGUGCCACUUAUCAAUUUUGGAGAAUAUGGAAAGCCGCCAAUGUGUGCCGCGUGGAUAUGCCAGUGUAUCCUAUACGCGGCGCUCGCGACUUUUGCCAAGUCCGUGUUGGCAUUGGUUCUGCGGUUACCGCCAGUGGUGGACGUGCUGUCCACGCUGCGACUGUCGCCAGUGUCCGACCCCAAGCUGGAGCUGGCGGUCGUCAUGCUCAUCAUACCCUUCUUUGUUAACAUUUUAAUAUUCUGGGUGACGGACAACUUCCUAAUGUAUCACCCGCGAGGGGUGAGCUCCAAAAUAAAAACGAAGGUGAGAUACCAGUCUAUAAAGAAAGAGAAGUCAGGGUCUGACGAAGAAGAGCAUUCAGCGGACGAGCGGUUACUAGGUUCGAGCGUAUGACCCUACAUGCGGCCCACUGUACUCUGGGCGUAACUGUAAUCUCUUAGAUAGGCGGCCGGAAUCUGCUCUCGCUAUUAUGGUAGAAUCAAGUAUAUUUUUUUUAAAUAGUCAUCUUUAAAAAAACUUAAGCCAGAAGAUGAUGAUUAAAUUUACUCAAAAAUUAGAGCAAUAUAUUUAUCUUUAUUAUAAUUUUUUAAUUACAAUAUAAUAGCGAAAGCAUAAAACGGUUCAUUUAAAUAUGUAAAAAAAAUAUAUAACAUCACCAAUUCAUCAACGGCUCAAGUUACAAAAUAUUGCAGUCAGUACAGUCAACAACACACGAGACCAACAUUUGUGAACAGUGGACCACAUAAAAAAUAUACUGCGUUCGAUACGACUACGAUACUCAGGUAGUAGCUGUGUACUUUUCUAUGUCGCACACUGUUCUUCAAGUUUUUGUUUCUUUUUAAGUAAAUUUUUAAUAAUUUUCUCACUGAGAAGAUAAAGUAUAUAAGUAUCUAAAAAAAUCCAAAAAUAAAACUUUUUGGAUUUUUUAAAUACUUUUAUUUUACUUUGAAUGAUAGUAAAUAAGGUUUCACUUAAUACAAAUAAAGAAAUGAUGUGAGGGCUGUUGACUGUACAUUUUAUCAACUGUUAUUUAUAUUUCUUGUAUAUAUGCUGUUAAGGCAUUGGGUAAAAAUGUAUUUAAAUUUAAAUUAUAAAUAUAAGAAAUGAUAUUUUUGUUAUUUAACACUGGUUUUAUGAUUUCAACAAUUAAUUUGAUUUGGUUUCUUUGGCCUAUAGAGAUUUUAACUUGCGAGACUUAGUUAAAAAGUUUUGAAAUCUUUUGAAUGUUGUAAAUUUUCGGUCUUGAAUAUGUUUAUACUCGUUCUAUCAUUUAUAAAAUAAGGAUGUAAGGAAAAUGAGCUUUGGUGAACACCCUGUGUUGAACUUGAUGAGCUUGUUCUGUGAAGCCGCACUGAAACACGUAUAAACUGAAAUAUGCACGAGGCGCGCAAAAUAUGUUGUUUCAUUCACACAAUUUUCCAUUAGACUUAUGCCCAUGAUUUUGUUUCCGUGAUAAAAAUGUCCAAAAGCAAAAUAUUUCUUUGUCACAUCUGAAAGUGUCUUUGGAAUGUGUGCCAAAUAAACAAGUUGCGUUUACAAACGGAAACUUUAUUUUCUUUUUAUAAUAUUGUAUUCCUCACUCAUACAAAUGAUGAGCGAGACAACAUAUAGAUAUAUUGCGUGUCUUAAUGCCUUAUGGCGGAGGCUUUAAGUUUGUUGUUCUUCGCAAACGGUUAGUCAUUAAUGGUAAGGAUAAAACAUCACACGGGAAAUACUCAGUGCAUUCUCAGUGAUAAAUUGUUUUUAAAAUUAACUAGGGGCGAAGGAAUUGUUAAUAAGUUUGUUCAUAUUAGAGCCCACAUUGUACAAAAUUUGCGCCAUUUUCCAUUGAAGUACCUAUAAGUAAAUAAUAAAUAUUUUUGUAUGUUUCAUUUUGAAAAUGAAAUUGUAUAUUCGUUCCUAAUGGGUGUUAGUACUUAGAAACCCAAAGAGUGCCAUUCAUUUAUUUGACACUUACAUCGAAUCGAGACUGCUAAGUCAAAAACAUGAUCUUCCACAUUUUUUUAAUUUAGGCUUUAAUCACUUGGCUGUGAUUAUGCCCGCUUCUUAGGGAACACUUCAAUGUUGACAUCUCGCAAGAGUUACGCUCUUUGCGACAUCACAGCUCAGCAGAACAAAAAAAUCAACUCAUUUCUCAUAAUUUUGUGAAGGUUUUCGGCCUAAAAAUAUUUUAACUGAUAAAAUUCUUCGGAAAUACAUUUAACCAUUAAUAUUUUAGGUAGUUGCAUUAUAAUUUCUUCAAUUUACAUUCCAUGAUGCUUUAUUAUUACAUUUCGCGUCUCCCACACAUGUUUAUCUUCCAUUAACAAAUUGUAAGAUGUUUUUGCUAUGAAUUCCAUGUGAACAAAUAUUAAUAUUAUCUUAGUUCUUUGAUCUGACUGUAUUGGACACGUGGACAUGAUAUUUUACACGUGGCAAAAGGUGAUCUGCAUAAGAAAAUUAUCAUUGUGAUGUAAUGUAAAUAUGAUAAAAUUAAGGACAAGUUUUGUAAAAACGGAAGUGUAUAUAUCGACCUGUAUAUUUGUGCAUCUGUUUAUUGUUUGUGCGAAUAUAAUUCACAUGAUGUGUU